AUGGCAGUCCAAGAAGAUGCUGAUCAUCCAUUCAACAAGGGUAACCUCGACGAGUUAUUUGAACGAUUCUGGACCUGUGAGUCACUCGGAACUCCAAACGAAGCGAAUUCUAAAGAAGACAUCACUUGUCUUGAUUUUUUCAACAAGACGACGCGUUACGACGAAAACGAAUGUCGUUACUACACGCGACUUCCAUUCAGAAGCGAACCACAUGGAGCUCCGGAAAACUUCCAACACAGUCUAUCCUGUCUACGAUCGAAUUGGAGAACACUUUCCAAACAUCCUGGACACCUUCAGAAACACGACGACACAAUUCAAGAUCAAGUGAAACGAGGUAUCAUCAGCGAAGUCCCUCCAUCACAACUCUACACGACAGGAACCUUCCUCUCUCAUCACGCUGUGAUCAACUAA